AUAUGUGUGUACCAUCAAAAUUAAAAAAACAUUUAAAAUUUAAUAAAAAAAUAGAAAUAUUGAUAUAUAUUUAAUACUAACCAUAUAAAGAUAAAAAAUUUUUAAAUAAAUUAACUCAAAGUAAAGAAUAUUUAUUCAGUCUUGCUCUCUCUAAAUGGCCUCAUCUAAAAACAUAAAAUAUUAAAUUUUAGAGUAUAAGUAUGUAAAUAGUUUAAUAGAAUGCAUAGUAGAAGCAGAAACACAAGAAGGAUCAUUUUUAUACAACAUGCGUAUAAAUAAAGAGAGGCUUGAAUAAGUGUUUAUUAACUUUUUAAAGCAUGAAGACCUUUAGAUUUAUAAUAAAAUCUUAAUAGGAAUAGAUACAAGUGAUGAUCAAGUGAUAGCAUUUGUAGUUGGUGAAGACCUUUAAGAUGUCAUUAAAGAAACAAAUUAAAAGUAGGAAGAUAAGGUGAUCGAUCAAUAUUGUGGAAUUUAAAAAUUAGUUCUUUCUGAAAUGAGUGAAUAAUUUAAACUCCCUGGAGAGAUGAUGAUAGUUGAUAGCUAUGGAGUUAGAAGGAGAUUCUAGGAAUUGAAAAUAGGUUAAAUAAUUUUAACUAAAUAUCUUGACCAUAUAGAAAGUUUAGGUUACUUAUGUCUCUCAGGACUCUGUACAAGUCGAGCUUGCCUCCAUAUUUGCAAAAAACUUGGGGGGAAAGUAGCAAAAAGCCUUCAUCCAAAGGAAUUAUUUUGUAUUGAUUCAAGUCUUUGCUCCAUGUUUAAAGAAAAUAUAGAGAUCCCUAUUAUUUAUUGCAAAAAAUAUUAAAUGUAACAAUAAUAACUAAUAAAUGACCAAAAUUAAUGAAAAAAAUAAUAUAUUUUAUUUAAUUAAUAUAAAAUAUAAAAAAUUAUUUUGUUAAAGAGACUUAGUAUCAAAACUAGAUAGUUUUUAGAUUUAAUUCUAACAAAUUUUGAAGAAAAAUAACAAAAAAACGAUAAAUAAUCUCUUAACUUAUAUAAAAUUUAUAAAUAGCAUGUUUUCAUUCAUAAUCUUUAUGUGUUUAUUUUUUAUUUAUUUUGGCCUUACUCUUUUUAUUUAUUUAUUAUUUCUUAUUGUAAAAGUCAUC